UACACUCAGCAUGCCUUGUCCAAACAAGCCAGCUUUCUAUAAACUCACAUAGAGAGGGCCAGAGAGCAGCUGACUUUUUAUUCAUGUCUUUGAACAGUUUUUGCUGCUGAUUUCUCUCCUGAAGCGGGAGGAUCUGAGGGGCAGGUGGGUCGUGUUGUGAGUCAGUGUCAUCUUACAUCCUGCAAGAACUCGGCGAGUCCUGGAGACGCGGUAGUAACCUGUGGGGCGGCAACAUUGAAUGGACACAACAUGGGGUCAGAUGAGGCCUAUAACUUAGUCUUUAAGGUGGUUCUAAUAGGAGAAUCAGGCGUAGGAAAGAGCAAUCUGCUGGCCCGCUUCACUAAAAACGAGUUCAACCAUGACAGUCGCACAACCAUCGGGGUGGAGUUCAGCUCCCGAACUGUGCAGCUCGGGGGCUUCGCCAUCAAGGCCCAGAUCUGGGACACGGCCGGGCUGGAGAGAUACAGAGCCAUCACUUCUGCGUAUUACAGAGGAGCAGUUGGAGCCCUGCUGGUCUAUGACAUCACCAAACACCUGACUUAUGAGAGUGCAGAGCGCUGGCUGAAGGAGCUGUACGACCACGCUGAUCCUAACAUCGUAGUGAUGCUGGUGGGAAACAAGUCUGACCUGGAGGCGGAGAGAUCCGUGCCCACUGAGGAGGCUCAAGCCUUUGCAGAAAAGAAUGGUCUUUUGUUUCUGGAGACCUCGGCUUUGGCAUCGACCAAUGUGGAGGCAGCAUUCAACAAUGUCCUUGCAGAGAUUCGCAAGAAAGGGGGCAGUAAGCAAACCAGCUCAAUCAGUGCUGUGUCUUUGAACAACAGCGGAGCAGAAAACACAGAGGACAGGAGGCCCUGCUGCAGAAACAUCUGAUGCCACGGACCUUCAACUGACCACGGACCUCAGGGUGGCUGAACUCCUUAACCUGCAAUGCUUAGGGCCCAAAUAGGGGCUACAUGGCAAUACUGAGUGCCAAUAAUAACAGUCCUGAGCUGGCUAAAGUGAUGCCACUUUGAAAAGACUGAUAAACGGGUUGUACAAAUUGCAUGCUGGUGUUGUGUUAAGAAGAGGAUUAAUAUAUGUGAAUGAAUGUAUCUGCAGACCAACAUCAAAUUGUUAAUAUUCACUAUUAAACAUAGGUCAAAUACAAUUAGCUGUGCUGUGGUAAUGUAUUUAUAAUCUAUGCAACAAAUUGGAGUAAAAAUGUAAAUGAUACAUGACUUUAUAAUGUUUUUAAUCAGAUUGGGAGCAAAAUGUAUGAACAUAUUAGGAGUCUUAAUGUGCUUGUACUCCAGCUGAUGAUGUAAAGAGAGUCUGAUUUCAUUUCUGAUGUUAAAUGACAAUAAAAAUGAACAA